CACUCCCGGCGCCGUCUGCAGGCGACUCUCCCGAGCCUCUGGAUGCCCGCAGCGGCCAUGAGCAAGCGGAACCAAGUGUCGUACGUGCGGCCCGCCGAGCCGACUUUCCUGGCCCGCUUCAAAGAGCGGGUCGGCUACAGGGAAGGACCCACCGUAGAAACCAAGAGAAUCCAGCCUCAGCUCCCAGAUGAAGAUGGUGAUCAAAGUGACAAAGAAGAUGAACAACCCCAAGUGGUGGUUUUAAAAAAGGGAGACUUGUCAGCUGAAGAAGUCAUGAAAAUUAAAGCAGAAAUAAAGGCUGCCAAUGCAGAUGAAGAACCAGCUUCAGCUGAUGGGAGAAUCAUGUACCGAAAGCCAACGAAGCGUUCUUCAGAUGGAAAGAACUGUGGUUUAACAGCAAGCUCAAAAAAGAAGAAGACUAACGAAGAUGAAGUCAAUAAGCAGGACUCUGUGAAAAAGAACUCACAAAAACAAGUCAAAAACAGUAGUCUCCUUUCUUUUGGCAAUGAAGAUGAAAAUGAAUAAUUUUAAGUGUUUUGGACUUAAAUCAUCUUUAGAAUAUAUUGGGAACUUUUUUAAAAUAACAUUUCUUCUUACUGUAAAGAAAAGACAUUAUAGAAAAUACAGGAAAAAAUUAGUAAAAAAGUUACCUACAAUACCCCCCCACACCUGAAGUAACAGUAACAAACCGUUGAUGUUAAGUACUGAUUUUUUUGUUCUCUGGGUGGGGCCACAUGCAGCAGUGCUCUGGCUCUGCCCCACUCAGGGAUCGCCUCUGAUGGGGCCCAGGGAACCAUAUGUGGUGCCAGGACAAGCGCCCUACCUGUACUAUAGCUCUAGCCCCAACAUUGUAUUUUGAUACUGCCUGGUGUAAUUAUGUAAGUAAAUUUGUACAUCUUUUUAACAAAACUGAGCUUUUGUUUUCUGCCCUGCUUCUCAUUUGACAUUACGUUGUGGGCAUUUUCCUGGGUCAGUAAAAUUCAGAACUGCAGAGAUUUUGUAACUAAACAGACCCCCUCUGUAUCAUCCUAAUUAGCAGAACUGCCACAAGAGACAAGUGGCUCCUGUAUGAGUAAGGAUCCAAUAUGAAGGAUCCAGAUAGAAGUGAGGCUCUAUUUUAAUGUGUAACAGAGCAACUAUCAGGUAAUUGGUUUAAUUUUGCUAAAUUAAGGACCUACUGGGUUUUUCUAUACAAAAACAGGUAGUUUAGCAAACACGGCUUUUCUCUUGUCUAGAGCAUAGAGUUGAAACCUAGGAAUAGUGGAGCUAUGUUUAGGUCAAAAGAAGGCAACCACUAGUCCAGAUGGUUCUGAUUAUUUCUUUAGAAUGAAUUGUUGGAAUCAGAAUUACUGGGUAAAGACAUUUGAAUAUUUUUUUAAACUUUGAUAUCAGUCUACAUUCAAAAUGCUUUCUAGAGUCUGCUGUGUGCGCACACACACACACACACACACACACACAC